AUGGCCACGCCUCUUCAGAUCAAGUUCGAUGUUCCCGAAGAGUUCAGAACCUUUACAAUAUUUCUGCGCUUGCCGCCCGAGAUACGACAACGAAUCUGGGAAGCCUAUCUUUCUACUCCAGGCAUCCACUUCCUCAAACUGCAGACAAGCGAUGCUGAUUGGAGUUGGACUGAGAGGCGAGUCCCAAGUUCUAUGGCCCAUGAAGAGACGGAGGGUACGGAAGAGUCCGAUGAAGGAGAGGCAAUGCUCAAGGUGCUCAGAGCCGACAAGACGCCAAGAGAAGCACACCGUGUGCACUUGAUACCUGUUGGCCCCUGCCCCAGGGCAGACGUGUCGCAUUACAAGGCCCUUCGAAGGCAACUUGCUACAUUAUCAAGCACGUGCUUGGAAUCUCGAAGUGUUGCCAAGAGACUAGCAAGCAGACCCGAAACUCUCAGAUUGGGCAACGGGAGUAUCAUAUCCCUUGGAAGAUCGCCAGAUUUGAUAUAUCUGGACUACUUUCCCCCAAGCCUAUACCAGAGCAACGGCAAUUUGGAGACAAUCCCGGAUUGUCCAGAACUUUGUCAUGUAAAGAGGGUCGCGGUCCGAUUCUCACAUAUAUGGCAGCCGACCAAGAAGCUAUGCCGCUGUGACGUCUGCAAGAAGAGCGCGGGUACAACUCACAAGGGCAUUUACCCAGCGCAUCUCUACCAGUUACUAGCAAGACAUUUCCCAAAUUUAGAAGAGUUCUUCUUCAUAGACUACUUCGUUGUCCACAAGAGCAAGUCACAACAUUGUGUUGAUGGGACCCAAGCAAAGGGUCCGAGCAUGUAUACGCAACGCUUCCAAGCCGGCAAUAGAUCAUACCACGAAGCCAACGAGCAGGAAUGGAUCAUGAACACAGAUGUAAAUCAGAUAAUGUCCUGGCUCCGAUCAAGUUAUGUGAGCUACGCCAAAGAGAGCUCACUUUGCCGACAUAAAAGUCCCGAGAAGGUCCGAUUUGCUGUCUUGGCUUGCGAGUGGAAAAUUUCUCCGCCUAUGGAGAGAGCGGCUAUGCCACUGCGUUCUGAUGCGAAAACCAAGCAGGCUGUCUUAAAUUUCAGCACCUCGACCGUGAGAUUCCAUUCUAUCUCCACACGACACAACUUCUGGCUACGUGAAGCUGAAGCUGCAAAUACUCGACCUCAUGCAGAAAGCUUGGAAUGUCUGACAAAGGUUGACUACGCUCGUCGUAACUUUACAUUCCCUUCGCCAAUUCGUCCGUUGCAUCGUCAGACUGAAGUACAUCGAGCGUAG